AUGUCCACCCACCACGACCCCGCCCUGUUCGCCCUCUGCGUCCGCGCCCUCACCCACAUCCCCCUCACUGACGACAACCACACCGUCGCAGCCGCCGUCCGCAGCCGCCGCGACCCAUCCCAGACCUUUGUCGCCCUCAACGUCUACCACUUCACUGGCGGGCCCUGCGCCGAGCUCUCCGUCCUCGGCGCUGCGGCUGCGGGGGGGCUGCUGGCUGAUGAUAUUGAGACUAUCAUGGCUGUUUGUCGGCGGGUGAAGCCCGGUGCGUCGCCAGGGGUGGAUGGAACGGCGGUGUUUAGGGUGAUUAAUCCGUGUGGACGGUGUUGUCAGACGAUGUUGGAUUAUAGUCCGAGGAUGAAUGUUGUGGUGCUGGAUCGGGAGGGGAAGGAGGUGAGAGUUGGAGUGAGGGAGUUGUUGGUGUAUGAUUCGGUGUGGGAGGAUGGGAAUACGGGGAGGGAGGAGAAGAGGUUACGGGAUGAGACGGCUUAG